AUGGAAGGUAAUUGUAUCGAUUCCGCUGAAGGCGAGCCUAGAAGCGAAGAUGCUAUACCCAACACAUUCGAUCUCUAUCUUGACAGUAUUGAGGGAGCCGCCAAUGUGUCCGGCGAGACACAUGAGGAUGCGACGCAUAUUGAGGAAGAACUAGCACGAAUCAGACUACCCGCAAGUUUCGAUGGCCUCAUGCAAGAUUACAGUCUGGCUCUUGGAACGGGACAUGAAUGUGUGGAAAUGGCUUUUCCCAGACUGGAUGCCAUUCUCUUUUUGCUGCUGGCUGAAAUGAAAAAGAGAUUUCCUCUAACCUUGCAAGCCAACGAUUAUGUACCUAGCUUUUUCAGCCAAGUUCCUCUCGUUGUGGACCGUCGAGUUGCGGGAAUACCUGAUUCCUAUCAGGAGACAGUGGACUAUAUGCUGUGUUACGGGUCGAUUCCAGCCUUGGACACGAACCUUCUUGUGUACAGGGAUAAGGUGCUUCAUUCGGAUGCGAGAACCCGCACGGCCAUUUCGGUGAUUAAUCGGGUUCGGAGAAAUACCCGCAGAAACGCAGUCAUCUAUGGCAUUUACACAAAUUCCUAUCAAUGGACCUUCCUGAACUAUGACAAUAACGGAGUGGUUCGCGACCCCUUUACUUAA